AUGACAUCCUUGCGAGAGACACUAAAAUCUGUGAAGGACAUCUCCCAUCUGCUCAAGAAAUUCAACUCCCCGACGUCCCUUUGUACCAGUAACGAUUGGACAUCUUUUUUGAAGAGUAUUAGUGCGCUCUUGCACGUGAAUAAGAUACUUGAAGUUGGAGUUUCCGAAAGCCUCCGAGAGCAUAUGAGACGCUUCAACUUAGACAUUAUUGAGAAGGCCGGCUUAUGUAUCAGCACAGAGCUAGAUUAUGUAUUUGAACUGGCAAUUGGAGUCAUUGAUGUAACAAGAAGCAAAGAGAAGGGUUAUCAAACAUUGGUGAAAGAAGGAUUCUGUGCGGAGUUGGAUGAGCUGAGGCAAAUAUAUGAGGAGUUGCCGGAGUUUCUGCAGGAGGUUUCAUCGAUGGAGUUAGAACACUUUUCUCAUCUACAAAAGGAAAAGCUCCCUCCUUUUAUCGUCUAUAUUCAACAAAUUGGGUACCUCAUGUGUAUCUUCGGAGAAAAACUUGAUGAAGCUGCACUUAAUAGACUUCCUGAAUUUGAAUUUGCGUUCUCUGAUAUGGAGGGAGACACUAAGCGAUCCUUUUAUCAUACCCCGAAGACACGAGAGUUAGAUAACCUUCUUGGAGAUAUCUAUCAUAAAAUUUUAGAUAUGGAGAGAGCAAUUAUUAGGGACUUGCUAUCACACAUACUUCUGUUCUCGGCUCACCUGCUGAAGGCAGUUAACUUUGUUGCUGAACUUGAUUGCAUUUUAUCGCUGGCUUGUGUAGCCCAUCAGAAUAACUACGUAAGGCCUGUUCUGACAAUGGAAUCAGUGCUUGAUAUUCGAAAUGGAAGGCAUGUUUUGCAAGAAAUGGCGGUGGAUACGUUUAUCCCGAACGAUACUGAAAUCAAUGAUAAUGGUCGAAUUCAUAUCAUUACUGGUCCCAAUUACUCAGGAAAGAGCAUUUAUGUAAAGCAGGUGGCUUUAAUUGUUUUCCUAUCCCAUAUCGGAAGCUUUGUACCAGCAGAUUCAGCAACUAUUGGGUUAACUGACAGGAUCUUUUGUGCAAUGGGAAGCAAGUUCAUGACCGCGGAGCAAUCUACAUUCAUGAUAGAUCUACAUCAAGUAGGAAUGAUGCUAAGGCAGGCGACUUCAAGAUCUCUGUGUCUCUUAGAUGAGUUUGGUAAAGGCACUCUUACCGAAGAUGGUAUUGGCUUGCUUGGUGGGACAAUUAGUCACUUUGCUACAUGUAAUGAGCCACCAAGGGUUCUAGUAUGCACCCACUUGACUGAACUACUUAACGAGAGCUGCUUGCCCAUUUCUGAGAAGAUUAAAUUCUAUACAAUGAGCGUUCUGAGGCCAGAUACAGGAUCUGCAAACAUGGAAGAAAUUGUUUUUCUUUAUCGACUAAUUCCAGGACAGACGUUGCUGAGCUAUGGUCUGCAUUGUGCACUACUCGCUGGUGUCCCGGAGGAAGUAGUGAAGAGAGCAGUCAUCGUGUUGGACGCCUUUGAGAGUAACAACAACAUAGAUAAACUAAACCUUGACAACAUAUCGUCUCAAGAUCAAGCAUUCAAGGAUGCUGUUGAAAAGUUCUUGGCACUGGACACCAGUAAAAGUGACAUCCGUGCCUUCUUUCAGGACAUGUUCACUUCUUAA